ACUGUCAAACAUUCACAGCAAGCGUUUGUUUUGUUGUCUGUGGUUAAUUUUUUAAUGCAUUUUGCAUAUUGCAUUUAAUUUAUGUUGAAAAGCAUACAACCGGCGUACCUUAAGUUUCCUUUUUUUUAUAUUAAUUGACACGUGCUUUCAAAUGAAUUGUAAUUAGUGACUCUUUAGUAUUUACGUAGUAUUUAAGACUUAAUAUUUCUAAAAAUGACAAACAAAGACUCGAACAUGACAGACGAUAACGUUGAAAUCGACUGGGGUAAUGAGAGGUUAAUUCGCGCUCAAAGGGCCGUUGAAGCGAAUGUGUAUGAUGUGGAUUCCUGGUCUCUCUUGAUCCGGGAGGCUCAGACGAGGCCCAUCAAUGAAGUACGAUCCAUGUACGAGAAGCUAGUUGAUGCCUUUUCAACAACCGGCCGCUAUUGGAAGAUCUACAUCGAACAGGAGAUGAAGGCGCGCAAUUUCGAAAAGGUGGAAAAGUUGUUCCAACGAUGCCUCAUGAAGACUCUGCACAUUGAGCUCUGGAGACUGUACCUCAACUACGUUAAGGAGACCAAGUGCAUGCUGCCGACAUACAAGGAGAAAAUGGCUCAAGCGUACGACUUUGCUCUGGACAAAAUAGGUUUAGAUAUCCAUGCUUUCCCGAUAUGGAAUGACUACGUCACAUUUUUGAAAGCGGUUGAUGCCGUAGGGUCAUACGCUGAGAACCAAAAGAUAUCUGCUGUUCGAAAGGUAUACCAACGAGCGGUCAUAACACCAAUUAUAGGAAUCGAAACUUUGUGGAAGGAUUAUAUAGCCUUUGAGCAGGGAAUUAAUACAAUUAUCGCCGAAAGAAUGGCCAUGGAGAGAUCCAGAGAGUAUAUGAACGCCAGGAGAGUAGCCAAAGAAUUAGAAACAGUGACGAGAGGGUUAAACAAAAAUAUGCCCGCCACUCCGCCCACCGUAGAUAGGGAAGAAAUCAAGCAGGUCGAAUUAUGGAAGAAAUUCAUAGCGUGGGAGCGCUCAAACCCGCUCCGUUCGGAGGACACGGCGCUGGUGGCGCGGCGGGUGAUGUUCGCCAUCGAGCAGUGCCUGCUGUGUCUGUCCCACCACCCCGACGUGUGGCACCAGGCCGCGCAGUUCCUCGACCACUCCGCCAAGCUGCUGCAGGAGAAGGGGGACUCGAACGCGGCCCGUAUUUUCGCGGACGAAGCGGCCGUGGUGUACGAGCGCGCCACCAGCGGCCCCCUCAAGCACUCCACGCUGCUGCACUUCGCGCACGCCGACUACGAGGAGAGCAGGCUGCAUUACAACAAGGUGCACCAAGUGUACACGAGGUACCUGGACAUGAAGGACACGGAGCCGACGCUAGCAUACGUGCAGUACAUGAAGUUCGCCAGAAGAGCCGAGGGCAUCAAGUCUGCCAGGACUGUCUUCAAACGUGCCAGGGAGGACCCCAGGUCUCGUUACCACGUGUUCGUAGCGGCGGCUCUGAUGGAGUACUACUGCUCCAAGGACAAGAAUAUAGCCUUCAGGAUUUUCGAGCUAGGCCUUAAAAAGUUCUCGCACAUACCGGAGUAUAUCUUGUGCUACAUCGACUACCUCUCGCAUCUUAAUGAGGACAACAACACUAGAGUACUGUUUGAAAGAGUGCUCUCUUCUGGCAGUCUGAAGCCCGAGAGCUCAGUGGACAUUUGGAAUCGUUUCCUAGAGUUCGAGUCCAAUAUCGGUGACUUAGUCAGCAUAGUGAAGGUUGAGAAACGGAGACAGGCCGUACUUGAGAAGAUCAAGGAGUUCGAGGGUAAGGAGACUGCUCAGCUGGUAGACCGGUACAAGUUCCUGGACCUCUACCCCUGUAGCAUCGCAGAGCUUAAAUCCAUCGGAUAUACUGAGGUGGCGUCCAUGUCGAAUAAGUCCUGGGCCCUCGGAGGCCCUCUGGCGGGCAUCUCUCCAGAACUCGCAGCUGUUAUACUGGGACAGAAAGAUAACGACCCGAACAAGGACAUCGCCAGACCGGACACCAGCCAAAUGAUUCCGUACAAGCCUAAAUCAAACCCCUUGCCCGGAGAACAUCCCAUACCCGGCGGCUCGUUCCCCCUCCCCCCCGCGGCGGCGCUGCUGUGCACGCUGACGCCGCCCCCCUCCAGCUUCAGGGGACCCUUUGUGGCCGUCGAUAGGCUCAUGCAGCUCUUCAACCGGAUCUCGCUGCCGGAUAAACCCCCGGCCCCUACUCCUGAGAAUGGCUGCGACACUAAACUCUUCGACUUGGCGCGCUCUGUUCAUUGGAUUGUGGAUGAUGAUGGGCUGGCCGCCGUCUCCAGCAAGGUUCGUAGAAGAAAACUGGGCGAAGAUUCAGACGACGAAGACCUGGGCGUGGCGCCGCCCCUCAACGACAUAUACCGCGCUCGUCAGCAGAAGAGGGUUAAGUGACGCACGCAUCAUCCCCGGGAAACCUGGCGUCGCGGGUGAUACAUCAAGACUUGGAGUUUUCACUACCAGAUAUAACUACCAGAUACUUUUGAUUUUGACAUUUGUGAAAAUAAAAUUCUAUUAUGUGA